UGCCCUCAACAUACGGAUUUUUCAUAUGCUUUUGUUUUGAAAUGGAUUAAAGUUCCAGCUGAAUUUAUCAACCAGGAAGUUAUGCCAGGUGUGGCGCAUUCUGCGUAUUGCGCAGACAGGUGAGAAGCUGCUCAUUUAAUUUUCAGUCCUUUUCUUUGUAAAAACCAACCCACAGCUGGUAUUUCCCGGCCGUUGUCCUGCAGGUGGGGAUCCGGGGCCCAGCAGCUGGUCGGCGGAGCGCCGUCCUUCAGUGAGCCGGUCAACAUGCUCGAUCUCCGCAGGAGCGAGGCUGCGUACCCGGUACCCAGCUCCCAGAGCCAGGGCGGAGGCCAUCUGUUUAAUGAUCCCAGACCACCAGAACCUAUCCAGACUUUGCAGAACAGCACUGUGAAAGAACUGCUAAUGAAGAGACGCCAGAAAUUAUACUCGGAGCACAACUUCAAAUCUGCCAAAUUAGAUGUUUUUCCCACUGACACGAGUCCUCAUCAGUCAAGUCCUCCAGCACCAGUGAAUCCAAAUGGCACAACUCAGUUUUUUGUUGUUGCUUCUGAAAAUACUCAUAUGCCCACAGCAAAAAUGCAACAUCCAGUGCAGCGUCCAUCUUUUCAGAGUCAAGAUGCUCCAAGUGGCGAGGUUACAGUCACUUUGUUUCACUGGCAAAUACAACAGGAGGCACAAAAGGUUCAAGGACUGUCUGCUGAGCAACUGAACAUGCAGGACUCAGACGGUGACACAUUUCUUCACAUAGCGGUGGCUCAGGGUAGACGGGCUCUUGCUUAUGUGCUCGCUGCCAAAAUGGCACAUUGUGGGUCUCUGGACAUUAAGGAACACAAUGGCCAGACGGCCCUCCAGAUCGCAGCCGCCACCAAUCAGCACCUAAUCGUGGGCGACCUGCUGUCUCAUGGAGCGCAAAUAAACACCAGAGACAUGUGGGGGCGCUCUCCUCUGCAUGUGUGUGCUGAGAAAGGACACUUCCUCAGUCUGCAGGCCAUCUGCAAGACUCUUACAGGGACUGGCCAACUGAUCGAUGUUGAAAUGUUCAAUUAUGAUGGUUUGACUCCGCUUCAUGCAGCGGUCUUGUCACACAAUGCUCUUGUUAGAGAGACAAGGCUUCUGGAAAACCCCUGUUCAUACAAGAUAAUGGAGAUGGCACGGAGGAGACGCAUACAUGUUGAAUGCCUCAAGACUCUCCUGAACAUGGGCGCCUCCUAUGUGACAAAGGAUCUAAAAAGUGGACGGACUUGUAUGCACAUGGCCUCCGAGGAGGCAAACGUGGAGCUGCUUAAGAUUCUCCUUGAACAGCCAUCAUCACUGGCCUUUGUGAAUAUUAAGACGUUCAGUGGAAACACGGCCCUGCACAUCGUCAGCUCUUUACGGGAUCAUAAAACCCAAGUAGAAGCUGUGAAGCUGCUGAUGAGGAAAGGUGCCGACCCGGGGACCAGAAACUUUGAGAAUGAGCUUCCAUCUCAGCUGACACCCGAGGGGCCUUCUGGCGAGAAGGUCCGGCAGAUCCUUAAAGGAAAAAAUGUACACACAUACGGUAAAGCUUAAGAACACUGUCAGUCAGACAGUCGACUCUAUGAAAUUAUUUGCCCCAACAAGGCAGAUACACGUUGUUUCAGUGAAACAUGCCAGUUUGUUCAUUACUGUGUAAUGCUUACUUAAAAGGGUUUUUCUGGUGGGUUUUUUUUCUUCCUCAACUCGUUUUGUACUGUGGAACGAGUAAGUGUCAUGUGACUGUUAAUAUCUGGGGAGUGAUUUUUAUUAGGUUUUGUUUUUUUUUAAUGUUUUGGGAUCAACUUUUUUUUGGGUGUUAAUGUCUUUGACAGAAUGAACUAAAAUGAAAUUGAAGUGUUGACGUAUUACAGUGCCAAAAAAA